AUGCCUGACAGAGUGGAAAAAGUAAAGGCCUCCGAGCUGGACGAAGGAACCGGCGGACAUACGGACGGCAUGGUUCGAAAAGGGGCAAUUGUUGGCAAGUCAGACAGAAUAUGUUCCACAGUCAUGUUGGCUCCUCCCCAUUCCUCUUCUGCCGUUCACCACCAUGGCGAGCAGGAUACAAUUGUUUAUGCAGUCCGUGGCCAAGGCGCGCUGGUCUUCGAUGGCGGCCGGCAACACAAAGAUCUCUCACCGGGAGAUUUUGCCCUGAUCCCUGCCUACACAAAACACCAGGAAGCCAAUGGAUCAGACCAGGAGGUUGAAUGGGUCAUCAUACGAACAGGGCCAAAGCCAAUCACAGUCAAUUUUGAUGGAUGGGACGAAGGAUUACCUAGUCUUCCAUAA